GAUAGCACUUGUUGCUCUAUCGGUAUUUGCUACCUAACUUUGAUGCAUCCCUGGAUAUUACUAAGCCCUGAUUCGUGUGUUUUGUUUUUGAUGCGUUGCGAGGUGAUUAAUAAUUCGUUUUUUAGAGCUGGUUGAAGAAUUGAUAAAGGACAUUCCUUCUUAUACACGUGACGAGACUUACAAGGCUUCAUGAUGAAUUACGGCAGAAAAACGCCCUCCACAUAUCGGUCCAAUCCGUCGGUUUAUUCCCAUGCCACGGGAAGAUCCUCGACGAAUUUACACUCCAAGAUGUCCCGAUCCACGCGAUCCGUCAGGAUUCCGUGGUACCAACGACCGUUGCUCAAAAACAACCAGUACAUCGACAUACAGAAGGGUGCCAUGCUGGUCGGAUUGUUUGCCAUUUUCCUGUCCCUCUUCACCAUCGCCACGAGCAUCUUCGACAUCUACUGCUAUGCGAUGGCUGCUCCAGGAUCUACACAUUAUGGCUACUACAUCAUAUCCUAUGAGUUCGUCUAUGUGGGCAACAAGCAUGUUCGCAACAUGCUGAUUGUCUUUGCAUUGUUCUCGCUUAUCAUGGCGCUGAUUAACUUUGUGACCAGUGUCCUUCUCUGCGUGGCUCUGCGCAAGGAAUACGAGAGGAAGGUUAUGCCCUGGCUGUGGUCCUUUGCCAUAUUCACUGUUUGGCGGGCUUUGGCACUGAUCUUCUUUGCCAUUGUCAAUGAUCUGUACUUUGCCUACAAUGUGCUUAUGGUGCUCCUGUGGACCAUUUUCUGUGUGUUGUCUAUCUAUGGAUGGGCCUUGGUGUACUCUCUGUUUUUGGAACUCGUGGAUCUGACCAAACUGGAGGAUCUGGCCCAUUUACGCAUGGGCACAAUGGCCUCCCUGCACGCAUCUACCGCCAACUCACUGGCAGGAUCGCGACCAACCACCCCACACAGCACCGUUUCCACCAUGCCCGUGGGUUAAUAAAAGUAUUUUUUCCAUCCAUCUAUGGGGCUCACAACGAAAUUGCACAAUCUAUACCGUCCGAAAGCAGCACUAGAUUACCCUGAUGCUUCGCACUCAAACAUUGCUUAAACUAUAGUGUACAUUCCAUCCACCAGUUCAGUGCCUUAGAGAUGUGCCUCUCGAAUACCACAAAUUUUAACCGCGAAUGAGCGUAAUUAGUUGUAAGUCUAUUCCGUCCAAACGCAUACAUAUGUUUUUUGUGUACUGUUGAAGAAUCUCUGCCUUUAUGUAUGUCAACAUAUCGUGUUUUUUAUAUGCAUAUAUAGAUGUACAAUCCGAAUUGUAGCUAUGUAUCUAAAAUAUUAAGCGACAAGCAAUAU